GGCUGCACGGAUCAGACCUGCACUGACACUUCUCCUCCACUUUUCAUACAGAAACGAAACUUUUAAAAGUUUAUUUAUUUUUUUAAAGUAUUUGAGACUUCGUGUUUAACAGAUUUUCUCGCAUUACUCACACGAAGAUUAACGAGGUGGGUUUUCUUCCCCCUCCCCAAGACUGUGAAGGCGCACCGGUCAGCUUCACCCAGCGUGCCCAGCAGACACGGAUGUCGCUCUCCUCUGUAGCUGCUGAUCAGAAAAUCUUCCCAAACCAGGACCUCAGCAUCCACAUGGAUUCCCCCUGAUGUGCUGUCAUGGUGGCUUCAGUCAUAGAAAAGAAAACUGGGUCUCUACUUCAGAUUUCCACCCGAGGAAUGCUAAUGCAGAAAACCCAAAUCCUGCUCAGUGUUAAUACCUCUGGUUUACUUGUAUGAUAAAGAGUUGAUUGUUUGCUCGCUCAGAGGGACUGAGUGUGUCAGCGAUGGGUCGUAAGUUGGAUCUGUCCGGACUAACGGACGGCGAGGCGGAGCAUGUGCUGCAGGUGGUGCAGAGGGACAUGAGGCUACGCAAGAAGGAGGAGGAACGCCUCAGUGAACUGAAGCAGGAGCUGGACGAGGAGGGCAGUCGCUGCCUCCUGCUGUCACGGCAGAGUUGCUUCAACCAGCGCUGCUGCAUCCGAUGCUGCUCGCCCUUCACCUUCCUGCUCAACCCCAGGCGCCAGUGCCACGACUGCCACUACAACGUCUGCAAGGCCUGUCGGGUCUACAACAAGCAGGACAAAUCCUGGCUGUGCUCCGCCUGCCAGAAGAGCAGGUUGUGGAAGACUCAGUCGCUCGAGUGGUUCUACACUAAUGUGAAGAACCGCUUCAAGAGGUUCGGCAGCGCCAAAGUGCUGAAGACUCUUUACAGGAAACACCUGAAGGAGCACAGUGCGCUUUCAGAGCUUACUGAGGGCAGCGCCUACGAGGAGAGUAUCUGCAAUGAGGGCAGCGUCUGUGGGAGCGACUCAACUUUCUACAGACAAACUGAAGAGCACAGCAUGGCAGAGACGCUCACUGUGGCCUUGCGAGUGGCAGAGGAAGCCAUAGACGAGGCCAUUUACAAGGCUGAGUUUAACCCCGGCAGUCAGGAGAAGCAGAAUGAGGCGCACUAUCUGCGUGAGCACAGAGGAGAGCUCAUUGAAGAACUGGCCAAAACUAUUGUGCAAAAAAUUAUUAAUCGGAGGAAGACUUUGGCUGAGAUGAGGACAGAAUAUGACCGGGACUGGAUACAUGAACAUGACACUGACCUUCCUCAUCAUCAUCAGUCUGCCUGUGAUCAAGCCUCCAGCUCCAUUAAACAGAAACCAGACCUCUGGAGGUCACACUCUGCCGACUCGCUGCUGGACAAUGAGCCUCCAGAUCUGAUACGAGACCCUCCACAGGCGUUAAAGAAGGAAGGAGGUGGGUCAGCUAUGUCGACCUGGAAGAGUGUAGACCGGCUGGACAACUCCGUGCUGAAGAGCCCAGACGGGAACUGGAUCGCCCUGCAGAGCGCUCAGCUGUCACGUCCCAGCCUGCUGACCAAAAGGAAGAGUCUGGUCUUCAGUGCCUUGGAGAAAGAGUCUGGAGUGGUGUCCGCCUACGAAGGCAUGGGCUCUGACAGUGAAACCAAACCUGAGCCUGAUAACUCCUGGGGAGCUGCCCUCCAUGAGUUCCAAAGAAAGAUGAUGGACUCUAACUAUAACCCACAGGACAGCUGCGACAGGACCCCGUCCCCGCUGAUGGACCGCCGAGACAGCAGAGAUGAUCAGUCUACAGACUCUGAGGGGAACUGGAAGACUAAACCUCUGAAGGCUCUUUUUAAGAAGAAGUCACCCGCAGAGAUCAGACGACCUGCAUCAUCCUGCAGAACUAAUAUCAUCGAUGUGAAGUUUUACAUGAAAAGUGCAGAAGAGGGAGAGGAGGACGAGGACGAGGAGGAGGAGGAGAGAGAGGUGGCGGCAGAGCCAGGAGUGGGAAAACUCAGGAGAUCCCGGAAGAAAAGAAGGAGUAAAAAAGAGUCAGCAGCUUCUUCUGUGACGGACUACAUUAAAAAGGACAGCCAUCCUUCUAAAGCUCUGACCCCUGACACUUUGACCUCUGGAUCCACGACACCUGAACCUCUUGACGUUAAGCGUGACAUCACUGGACCGAGAGCCAAUCAGAUGGAGGAGGAGCUCACGAUAAAACUACAAAAGCUAGCAGAUCAAGUUUUUGACUCCUCCACGGGGGAAGAAGGUGAAGAAGAAGAUGAUGAAGCCGGUCAUGUAGGACAGAGGGAGGAAAACAAACAAGGAAACGAGGACAGAGAUGAGGACGAUGGGAGGCUGUGGAGGAUGGAGAUCGACUUGGAUGAAGGAAGAACAGAGGAUGAGGAGGAAGAGAAAGAAGAAAUUGAUGAAGAGAUGAAAAACAGAUUAUACAAGCUUGUCGCACAGUCCAGACUCACGUAUUUGUCAUCUACUGAUGACAUAGACAAUUUUGGACAGAGUGAAGGAGAAGCGGAGCGAGGCAAGGAUGAAGGUGUGGAGGAGGAAAAUAAAGAGCCGAUGGAGGAAAAUACAGACGGACUGACUUAUAAACUAUGUCAGCUGGAAAAAGAAGUCAGGGCGAACCAGUUCUCCUCCACAGAGGAUGAGCUGGACAGAGUUGGCGUCAUGGAUGAAGAGAAGAAGACAGGAGAGGAGGAGGAGCUGGCGACCAAAGUGUGCAGAUUAGCUAACGAAGUCGACGCCGCCCAAUUUUCGUCCACGGAGGAUGAGUUAGACCGAGCAGGAAGAAGUGACGAGGGGGAGGACGAAGAGACGCUGUGGAAACUGCAGGCUGCUCAACUACGCGAUUUGUCCAGUCUGGUCCGAGCUUCUCGGUUUUCUUACAGCGAGGAUCAGCUGGACAGAGCUGGAGAGAAGGAGGUUGUCGAUGAAGGAGGAAUUGAGAGCUGUGUGUGGGAGAAGGCACUGGAGAAAAGUCUGGAGAGGAGAGAAUCGUUUUAUUUAGACGUGAAAAUGUCAGCGUUAAUGGAUGAAAUCGAGGAAAGAAAGAAGGCGAGCAGUGACGAUCAAUCAACUCUGAAUAUUUUGGAUGGUCAGACAAAAGAUAAAACAGAGGAGAAUGAAGGUUGCAUGAAGGAGAGGGUAACAGAGGAGAAGGAGGACGAGAGGAUGAAAAAGGGAGAGAGACAAGAGAUGGAGUUAAAAACAGUGGUGGAGGCAGAGAGAGCGGAGGAGAUAAUACAUGAGGCAAAAGUUCAACAGCCAGAGGCAAAGUGUCCAGACAGGAAUGACGGAGAAGAGAGACGGGAAGAGGAAAAGAUGAGUGAAAGCAGAGAGAGUCAGGAGAAAUGCGAGACAGACAGUGACGAGGAAGAAUUUGACAGAAUAAUCAGCAGCAUGUUGAUGAUGACUUUGGAGGACAUGCAGGGAGAGACGUUGAGUAGCGAAGCUGCAGAAAAUGAGAGGACAGAAGUAGAGACGGAAAACGUAAACACGGGGAGAGAAAGUGGAUUAGAGGACAGUGUUGCUGGUGCACGAAGCACAAAUGCAUCAGAAGAGACGAAGAGUGCGAAAGAGCUUCAAAGUCGAGGCGGUGACGUGACGCCAGAGUCGGCUGCGAAGGAAGGACCUGGAGAAUAUGUAACUGAGCAAAGUGGAGGAGACGUUUCCAGAAGAGAGAGAGAGAGUGAAGAUGCUACAGAUGGAGAUAAAAAUGAGCAGCAGGAAAAAGAUCCACAAGAAAAAAUGUUUUUAGAACAAGAAAACCGUCUAGUGAUGACAGCGGAGGAGCCAGAUGAGGCCAGACGUAAACAAACAGAAGUUGACGAUGACGAACAAGAGGACAGAGGAGGGAAAACUGAAACGACGGAGACAAAAGGAGAGGCUGCAGAGGGAGGACGUGAAAGUAAACAAACAAAUGAGGAAACCAAAGACGAUGCCGAGCAGAGCGGCACGUCUUUUACCCAACAGGGUUCACUGUCACCGGAGGAGAUUCAAACCGGUAGAGACAUGGAGCUUUACAAAACAGUACAGUUUAUAUCAACUCUGCUGGAGCAGAGGUACACCGCGGUGUCUCUGCGCAGCAUCACCACUGAAGUCCUGAAGGUGCUGAACGCCACAGAGGAUCUGCUGCAGGGAGCAGACGACCGCAGAGUCUCCACCGCCUCACUGCCCCCCAACACCGACACCAAGAAACUGGAUCAACAGUUCUCGAGACUGGAGGAGAACGUGUACAUGGCAGCUGGUGCGGUGUACGGUCUGGAGGCAGACCUGAGUGACCUGGAGGAGUGUGCCAGGGGCAUCAGCAGCACCACGUCUGAUAUGGAGCUGUCCUUCCUGGAGGAGCAGGUCGCAUCAGCAGCUGCUAAAGUUCAACAGUCUGAGCUACAGAUUUCUGACAUCUCAGCCCGAAUUGCUGCUUUGAAGAACGCAGGCCUCGAUGUGGACACACAGUCCCGCUCCACUAAGAGCAGAACCGUUCCAGUUAUGCCUGUUACCCUGGACUCAUCACGACAGCUGAGGAGGCGAUUACCUGCACCGCCGGUCAAAGAAGACCAGCAAACCAUCAAACCAGGACGUUUGUAGUACCUCCAACACAGCAGUGCCUUGACCCGGUCACACUGCAGCCUACAGGCGAGUCUUGAAGUGAUCCGUUCAAAUACCGUUUGCCUUAAUUUCGCUUCAAACUAAACACGCCUCAAAUAAUACGAGACACUAGUACUGUAUGUGUGUUUGGUGUUGUUGUGCCGCGUGUCAGUAAAUAUGCAGGAAACUGUUGAUUCUUGUCAUUUUAUCAAAAAUGUACAGUAGUUAAAGCUACAAUAUUAUCAGACUGAUGACUGAAAAAUAUAUCAAAACUGAUCAAUCUGGGGAAGAAAUGCUCAGCUCACUCAACGCAACAAUAAACUCACCAACACUUCAGUUUUUUAGAUUCCAAACUGGUGAAAUGAUUACAUUAUACAGCAUGUGUAUAAAAACCCUAAUGUUUUAAUUAUAACACCUUUUAUAAACUUGAUUUUGACAUCAUCAGUCAUCCAUUUAACUUGCUGUAGCUCUACAAAUCAGACUGAAAAGACACUAAAAUUAUCAGCAGUACAGCUCCUGAAGAAAACCUAGAAUUUACACUUUUUAAAUCAUAAAUAUACAGAUUACACGUACAUGAGAACAAUUACAGCAUGUUAGAAAAAAACUGUGCCGUGUCUAAAAAUGAAUACAGAACUGUAUUUUUCCAUGAUUGUGGAUGUUUGUAAUGUUGUAGUGUACAUAUCUGUACAGCAAUCAGUAAAAAUAUGUUUUGUGUUUUGUGCCUUUAUUAUUAAGUUCAGAAAAUAAAAUAAACAUUUCAAAAAAAGGUUGCUUCACUGUAAAAAUGUUAUUCUCUGAGAUAAACAGCAAUGGAAACACUGUGCACCCUGUUUGCCCCUCAGAUGAAUGUGGGUGUAAUGGUGAGGAAUUUAGUCUGUAUUUUUGAGAUGAGGAAAUGACACCCGAAUAUGACAUUCCUCCUUGUGAAGAAGGUGUGGGAACGACACAUAACGGCUCUGGAAAAUAACAGCCGUCUUUGAGAGAAAUGGUCUCAAACCAAACAUUCGGCAGCGUCGCCUCUUGCUCUUUUUUGACGCUGCAGUAAACACAAACGCCAAACUGUUACUUAAAAUAAUCAGUGGGUACAAAUCUCCUCAUAGAGGUUUGAUGUUUUCCUCUCGGAACGUUCAAAUUCUACAAAUGAACUUGAGCAGCAGCUGG